AUGAAGGCACCUAGUCAACUCUUGGUUCGUAUCCGGCCAAACAUUGUUUUCGGGUCUCGCUCUGUUUUAGGAGAGGUAAAAUGUAUAAAGUAGGAGAAGGUUGAUUUUUGAGAAACGUCACUUUCUCAUCAUUCCUAAUAGUUAUCAUAGUUCUGAAUGAAAUUUACAGAUUACUGCAAGCUUCUCACUGAAAACUACGUGUUAUGUGUCUGUUGUUAAGUUCCCAUGCAUAACACUUCCAGGUACGUAAUUAUCAUCAGUUAUCAUUUAUCACCAACAUCAUAUCAAUGAUAUUUACGAAAACUUGCUGGUAAAUCACAUUCCAAGCACUCCUUGAAGGUCAAAACACUUAGAUAUAAAGCUUUUCCUGUCAAAAUAGGGGCGUGGUCCCAAUUGCUCUUGUGCUCGCCAAGUCCCGCCCCCAUUGUGCGGGCCUUCUCAGUAACCACGCACUUCUUUCCCUCUAUUCUUUUUCCCAUUCCUAGAUAAAACAAACAAAUGAAUGUGUAUCUGAUUUCAAAUGCUUACACAUUUUUUAUGUGUAAUACAUACAAAUAUGUAUACAGGAAAAUUUCAUUAUCGGCGCCAGAGUCGGAGUUAAAAAUGGAGUAGAAGUCGAAAAGCAAAAAAUAUUUACAACGCUUCGUUUUUCUUCUUGUCCGCCUCCUUUAGCUCCUAGCGCAUCCGUUCCGGCCGCGUCGAGUUCUAGUCGGCCCCUACAUAUUACUAGAAUAUUCAAUGCUCAAAAUGUGUGCUCCGACGUGUGCUCAUAUGUGCUCCGACACCUAGAUAUGACUCUCACAAAUCCUUGGAACGUAUAAAAUUAAAAAUAGCAAAGCCAAGUUUGCUAGAGCUAUUUUUAACUCAUAAAUUGAAAUAUCGAAACUUUCUCAUUCAUGUUUCCCCGCAAACUUUUUCCUGCUAUUUUCUUUUUUGCCGGCCGUCAUUCCAUAUGUCCCGAAUGUAAUAAUUUGCAGAUGAUCCACCACAUCACUACAUAAUGUCGCCACAACUUCAUUUUCAUCAUUUUUUCCAGCUCUUUUUGCUCCUUUUUUGGAAGCUCGGAGCUGGAAGUCUGGCAAUUUCUGUAACUUCCAAAAAUGCCACGGAGGCGUUAUUGAAAUGCCCGCCAGCCGAGAAUUUUAUCAGGUAAGCAAUUAUUAUUGCUGUUUUCUUAUUGAAGAGACGUAUUACAAAACUUCGAUGACUUGGUAAGACUAGUUCCUAGUUGUCUCGAUGACGUGGCACUUCCUGAAUGCUUUGAAAAAGUCGUGCCAACCUUUUCGCGUAAAACUUUCACAGAAACUUCCUUCGAACACAUUUCCUUUUCAUUUUUCCGCUUGACAGCUCAAACUUCACUCUCUCUACGUCUCGGAGGGUCCGUCAUUUUCGGGAAAAGGAAUUAAAAAGUCAAACACGCAAAAGCCAUCACAUAAAAGUGCACUCCUGAAAGUUGUCUAAAUAUUUAUAGAAAUGGGUUGGAAUGUGCAAUUUCCAGUUCAAAAUUACAAAGGUUUCGUUGCAGGACCCACAUGGCACCGGAUUUCGAGACCCCUCGACUUGUGCGCCGUCUCGAUUGGUUCCAGGACGACUCUUUGGUUGCCAGCUAUCAACAAGUUCGUUCUUUUUUUUACUUUUUCCAAAAAUUUGCUUUCCAGCUCUUUUUUGCUUGCUCGAACCUAACACCCUAGAAAAAAUUGUGUAAUUCAAUUCGCACUUCCUCUUUUCCUCUUGCUUUCCCUCUCGUCUCGUUGACAAAAAAACGACAAGUAUAUUUUCGAACAAAAGAAGGCGGCGGCGGGAAGGGACGGACACGGGGACGUCCUAAUCUGAAAGGCUCUGUCAAUGUGCCCCGCGCGUUUUUCAAAAAAAAGGAGGGGGAAAGCGUGCUCAAAAAUGGAGAAAAUGAACUGAAUUUUUUGCGGUUUAGCAAUUUCCCCCUAAUUUCGCGCAUAUCCUUUCUGCCAUAUGUUACAAAUGAGAUCCAACUGUCGUUCCUCCUGUCCCAAUUACGUGGUGUCUGACCAAGAUUGAUGAUGAUGGCAAUGACAAGACAGACGGUCCAGUGUCCGUCAUUUUUCUUGUUGAAAUGAGAUGCAUUGUGUAAAGCGCAAAAAUUAGACAUUUUGGAACUAGCAUGAACGCGAUGAAUUGAACUGCAAAAGUUCACGUGGCUAUCGAGACAAUUGCGAAACGUCGGGGAGCCAAAAAUGCAGGUUCUUGCUUCACAAAUCUUGCUCUGCUCAUCGAGCUCCAAGCUUUGGAAGCGGAAUAGAGAAAAAGUAGUACAUUAGUUCGAGGUCUGACCAAAUUGGAAGGUGCCGAUUGGAUUAUGUGCGUGCUCCGGAUGCGCUCGGCUCCGAAAGUGUUCCUGCUCUUCCAUGAGGCUUAUCCCAUUAACCCUUUUUUUGCAAAACCUGCGAGAAUAAAUAUGUUUCCACUUUUGAAAUCGUGUUGAAACAAUAAUAAUGAGUGUGAGAAGUGGUUUCACGCGCGUGCCCCCUCAUUCAUUAUGUCAAGUGCAAGAAGUGGCCUUCUCCAAGUACCCUUUUAAGUUGACACUACCUCCAUUUAGGCGGGGAAGGGGCAACUUUGACACUUUUGUGGCCAAGAAGGGCCCAAUUGACCGAACAGCUCCGAAAAGGGAAAAUAAAUUCCAUUGUGGUGUCAUCUUCCUGUCCAGUUGACUCAAUUGGCACUCAUUAGGCUCCCUAUGGAGUUUUGGGAACACACACAUUUUGCAAAGUUUACAUGUAUAUUGUGGACUUGCUCUUCUACUUCUAGUAAGGAAAAAAGAGAGUACGAAAAAAGACAGAAAAAUCAGAUUUCCUGUACUUGAGCAUGUUUUAUCUUAUCCCGGCAUGUAGUACAAAUUUAAUUUCUCUUGUCCUUUUUUCUCCUCAAAGACCCUCUUUCAGCUCAAUUUUUGCCCAAAAAGCCGAACCGGAAAAGUUCGAUUUCCGUGGGCGGCUCAUAUACAAACCAAUAAAUAAAAGCUGAAGAGCGAACGGAAACGUCAUCGAAAUCGUCAAAUUCUGAUGGAAAAUUAUGGUUUUUUCCUCAUUCUCCGAACUUUUGGGUUCUCUGAAUAAUCUCUUUGGCAUUAGUAAUGAGGGGGAAGAACGGAAGGGGAUACUGUAAACAAUGGGUGACGUAAUUGUAUAAAGAUGUGUCAACAUGACCUAAUACCUAUUUGUUUUCAGAACUUGAUAACUGUUUUGUAACAACUACAGGAAUUGAGAAAGGGAUUAUUUAGAAAUAGUGAAAAGCAGCGACUAAAUUGUCAAAUGCAGCGACUAUGGCGCUGCGAAUGCUAUUUUAGUCGCUGCUUGAGCCAUUUCCAAUAAAUUAGGUGAUGUUAUUGUUUUUCGUCGAAAACUUUUUUCUGCCAAAUGAUUUCCGAUCUAAUCUGGAAAUUUCCGUGAAAAGGAUUGCCAAGUGCGUGGCGGCGAUGUCUUCUCCAUCUUUUCGUCGAAUUAUUCAUGUUCGGGAAAGAUGAAGCACUUGAAAUUUUAAUUUCUCCGUCUCUUCUUCCGCAAAAAUCCUGGAAAAAAAACCCUGAGAUCUUGAGAUUUUUUAAAAUCUUGUAAAACACGAGGGGGAGGGCCAAGAGUAUUUAUUCAAAAAUCAUACCAAACACACACAUUUCUCACUCACUCUCAAACAAAAGAUGACUAAUUUGGUGCAAGCAACCGACCAUCUGCCCACAAGAAAGUGUGCGGAAGUGAGAGACACAGACACGUUUGGACAGUCGGACCGAGAAGGACCGCUCCGGAUGUUCGUGUUAUUCCGGUAUUUGAGCAAACAGAGAGGGAGAGAGAAGGACCUUCCGGAUACGAUGCACCGUCCGAUAUUUGACACCGAAAGGAACGGCAUGGACCUUUGCGAACGGCUGGUGAUCUGUCAAGUGCACCUGAGGAGAGAGGGGUUUGAAAGUGUUGAAGUGAAAUAGGAGAUGAAGUCACAAAAAGGUGCGACUUCAAAAUAGAACUUGUCUCGGAAUAGAGCUAUUUCAAAAUACAACUACUCUUUAACAGCUACUGUAAAACCUUGGAAACUAUCUUAGAUCAUUUCCAACUCAAAAUAUUUAACAACUGACAUGUUUCGCAAUCCAACUAAUCUUUCAGGAUGUUCUCGCGGAUUCCUCCCGACAAUGGUGGGUCGCCGACGGCCGAUACCAACUUAUUCGGCCAUUCUACACGCUCCGUGUGUCCCCGGUGACUCCAGAAGACUCGGGAACGUAUCGUUGUCGUCUCGAGACGGAUCCGCUGUUUUCGACGCCGAUGAUGAGCACGGCGACGCAGGAACUCGCAGUCAUGGGUUCGUUUCUUUCAUGGGCCAGAAAUUGGAUAAUAUCGUCUUUAUUUCGUUGUCAAAGCUUUCCAAAACCCAAAACUCUCCCAGUCCGAGCACUUUUCAUCAGAUAAUUCAUUGGAAUUCGGAUGUUUCCCCCGGGGACCAAAGGAACACAAAUCGUGGUGGAGUCCAGAAAAGCAGAGACGUAGGCACUCUCAUCUAGAUUGGUAUCUCUACUUCUUCUUCUUCUACUUCUCCUUUGCUCACUCUCAAUCGUCCAGCCGACACGGACAGACCCGUCAAUUUUAUGAGGGGAUUAUGAAAUCACCCGUCGAAGCCAAGUGGGCUUUGGGUGAACGGACAGGGGUGUACUAGUGCAAAGUUGGGGAAUUUUUGGAAGGGAUGACAGCUUUUCAUUGAAGAACUUUACUUUUAAAAAAGUGGCAGGGUCAAAAAGACAUCGAGAGUAGAUUAAAAUAGCAAAAGCAGCGGGUAAAUGCAACCUAGCAGGUACUAAAUUCGACCUAGCAGGUACUAAAAAGACUAUCAGAACCUAGGCGCUGCAAUUCUAAUUCAAAGAAUGCUUACUGAUUUUUGCACUGAAACUGAAUAAAAAUAGCAAUUUCCUAAUCCUUCGGCCGUCCUGGACAUCCGGCUUGAGUCAGAUCCCUUCCGUGCCGAGACCCAAUUAAUUGUCUCUCACACCUAAUCAAAUAUUCAACAAGCCAACUUAUCCUUCCUCUUUUCUUUUUCAAAAUUACCCUCCUCUGUGACGCAAUUAUCGCAUUUUCAAUGAGUUGUUUAUAAGUAUGUAUGCUGCUGCCCCACUAUGUAGUUUCACACUAUUAUUCUUCGAGGGAGAGAUGGUUAAAAUGAAAUAAAUUUGAAUUGAACAAGCAGAAGAAGAAGUACUCUUUGUGCAGAUGUCAUCGGAGGGGACGGCAAAUUGAAUUUGAAGUGUUUUCAAAAUUGCAUCAAUUUCCGUUCUUCUUCUGAUUCGAAGAAAUCUCUUCUCAGAUAAUAUUGUGCUAAAAGGGGCCUGUCUUGAAAAUUCAACUGAACCAGGUGGAAUUUUGAAUUUCAACGUUCUAUUUCACAUUUCCAAUUCAAAACCAAUUUUCAUUCGUAAAUCCAAGAUUAGUACACCCAUAAUAAUAGUAAUCAGAGAUUGCUCUUGACCUUUAUGCGCGCGCUAAGCCGCCGAGAGGUAUUCGUAUUUAAUAACGAUGUGAGGCAGGUGAUUUAGGGAAAUACAUAGAAUUUGCGAGGGAAAUAAUGAGUUCUUGAAAAGAAAAGUUAAUGGCAGCGAUUAAAUUAUCAAAAGCAGCGACUAAAUUAACGGAAGCAGCGACUAAAUUAACGGAAGCAGCGACUAAAUUAUCUAAAGCAGCGACUAAACUGUUGAAAGCAGGUACUGAAUUCAACCUAGCAGCGACAAAAAUAGCAAAAACAGAGCCUACUAGUUGCAAAAAUCAAGUUGCAAUGCCAUUAUUCAGUUCGACCAGUGGCCCCAUCGUCCCCGGAAAUCAAAUCCUUCACGAACCGCUCGAUCACCCUUGUCUGGACCCACAAUGCCGCCAGAGCCCACCGUCCGAUUCUCCGCUUUUCGGUGUCGGUUCGAACUGUUUCCGAUAACACUAGGUAUUGCCCUUUCACUUUUCCGCUCAAACCUGUUCUUUGUUUUCAAGAUUUGUGAUGGCGGCUCCGUCAAACGCGACGACAGUGAUCGUCGAUAAUCUGAGCCCGUACACGCUUUACGCGUUCGCCGUCCGCGCGGAAAACUUGGCCGGAACCAGUGAUUUCGGUCCGGAGACUUCGUUCCGAACACUUGGAGAGGCGCCGAAUCGACCUCCACAGAUUGUGCAAAUCCGGAACAUCACAUCGGAAUGCGUGGAAGUGACUGUGAAUCCGCCGGACGAAAUGAACGGCGAACUGGACAAGUACCUGGUGCUCAUACAGGCGAUCAACGAGACCGUUCCUCGGAAAAUGACAUUCGACAAACCGACCUCGACUCCGUUGACAAUUUGCGCACUGACACCCUCUUCCGAGUACGCUUUGGCCGUCGAGGCGGAUAAUGGAUUCGGAACGAGCCCGCCGGCCACUCUGGUCUUCCGCACGGAAAUUUCCAUUCCCAACUGGUCCCCGAGUACGAUCACAGCUCUGCCAGUUGUCGGAAAACCCGAGAUUACUGUACUUUGGCCAGCGCCGCUCGCAAAUGCCACCGAGAACAUCACAAAGUAUCAUUUGUACUAUAAAGUGAGCAUUUUUAUAUUUUACGGUGUUAUUUAUUAAGCUCUGUGCGUUUUCUUAGGCCAGCAACGAAGAUCAAUGGAAGACCGAGCAUUUGAGUGUGAAUCCGAAUGGCGUCAAGUCGAAAAUGUUCAAAUAUCGGCUUGUGGAUCUCAGUAAGUAUUACAUUAGAGGAGCUAAAGUUAAUCGUGACGUUUCCAGACCCGAACACGCUGUACCGUAUCCGAGUCUCCGCUUCCACAGCGAAAGGAGAGGGUUCUCAAAGUGCGGACAGUUUGGCUCGGACGGACGUCGGCGAGCCGGGCACCGUAACCUUCAAGGAUCUCAAUUUCGAUUGUAAAAAUGGAGUGAAAUUGAGUUGGAACUAUGAGCCAGCAGUCAAGUAAGUGCUCUUUUGUGCUUGAAAAUUUGCAAAUCGUUGUUUUAGCUCUAAAGCAGCGCCAACAUUCACUGUGAAAGUGACCAAUAGGACCACAUCUCUUCAGUUUAACACCACAAUGUUAAGUGUAAGUUGAAAACCACGUCGUACCACGUCGUAACUAAUUCACAUUAUUUUACAGCUUGAUAUCAUUGAUUUAUCUCUGUACGAUGAGUACAGCCUGCGGAUAAUCGUCCUUGAAAGAAGUACAAUUGAUAACUCGACAAUAUUGAUCGGAAAAUAUUCGGAUAGUCAUCGAUUCAUUCUUAAAGGUUUGUCUGAUGGCACUGCUAGGCGCUUCUAUUCCAACUAAUUCAAAUUUCAGACAAAUGCUCCUACCAAAGCUCUUUCUGCUCUCCCGGUGAGAAAUGUGCGAAACUGACGGCGGCAGAUGCGAAUCCCCGUUACAUUUCCAUUCUCAUCAUCAUUUUCGCCAUCAUUCUCUUCGCAUUCAUCUGUUUCGUAAUCGUCCACUUGGCACGUGGAUCCAUGAACUUUAAGCAUCUUCUGAAGAAAAAAGAGAAAUGCGUUUAUCUAGAGGAGAUCAGUCCGCUCGUAUACGGUACGUUUCGAAGAAAAUUAACAGUUCAAAAAAGAAAAGUUAUUUCCAGAUUCGGCAGGUCAGGAAGAUAUUCCAGUCGAGCUAUUCUACGGAUACGUGGAAGACUUGAAGCGGAACGAUGAUAUCAAAUUCAAAAAUCAGUUUCAAAUUCUCGAGAAUCAAACGUCUGGCAUCGAUUGUACGGAUUCCGGACCGUCAACGUCGUCGUCUUCAGAGGAGAACUCUCAGAAGAAUCGCUACAACAACAUCAGCGCGAUGGAAGCCACGAGAAUCCGUCUGAAUUCACCGACUGGAAGUGAUUAUAUCAAUGCCAAUUAUGUAGACGUGCGCUUUUCAUAAGAAAAAUCAAAAUCGUUCGGAAUUUUUCCAAUUUUCAGUCGUGCAAUGAGCGUAACGCCUACAUAGCGACUCAGGCGCCACUUCCCUCCACGUUUGCAGACUUUUGGAGCAUGAUUUGGCAGGAAAGGAGCAAUGUGAUUGUCUGUAUCACUAAUAUGGUCGAAGAUGGAAAGGUACUACAUAGAAGAGUGCUAUAAAAUGUUCAAUUUGUUGCAGAGAAAAUGCGACCAGUACUGGCCAUCGGUGCCCGAAUCGCCUCAAAUCUUCGGGAACUACCAAGUGACGCUGUCAUCUGAAUCCACAAAUGCCCACUUCUCUCAUAGGAUUCUAGAACUGAAGAUUGCCAAAUCAGUGCCGGUGGUGGAGAGAAGAGUGCAUCAGUUGCACUUCAUGGGCUGGCCGGAUCACGGAGUGCCGGAUUCUGUUUUCCCAUUGUUGAGCUUCAUCCACUAUGCUUCUGAUAUUCAUUCUACCGGUCCAGUCGUUGUUCAUUGCAGGUAAUUAAUUCGUACUAGAUAUUUGUGACAAUAAUGAGUAUUUUCAGUGCUGGAGUGGGUCGUUCUGGCUCGUACAUUCUUGUGGAUAGCAUCCGGAGACAUUUGAUCAGCUUCAGAAGAUUAAAUGUUCUGGGGCACUUGACACAUAUGAGAAGGCAGAGGGCAAAGUUGGUACAGACUUUGGUACGUUUUUAGGAGAAGUCCAAAAAGUUUAAUUUUUACCCUUUCCAGGAGCAAUAUAUGUUCUGCCACGAAGCCAUCCGUCAACUGAUUCGGCAUGGAAUCACUCGAGUUCAUUCCGAUCUUUUCAUGAGAUAUUUGCACUAUUUGUCAGAGGAAAAUCUCCAUGGAAAGACGAGAAUGCAAUUGCAAUACGAGGUACGAAAUCUUAAAACCACUCUUUUUUCAAUUCCUGCCGCUUUCUAGGACAUUUGUGAAUGCCAACAUCAGCCGCGAUGUCAAAUGAGUUGUGACGUCAUAACUCUUCCCGGAUACCAUCGUUCCGACGAGUUUAUGGUCGGCGCGUGGAGUCACGAAUGCGAAGAGCUCUGGCGUCUGACGUGGCAGCGACAAGUCCAGACGAUUGUGUGCCUGAAUCAGAGAAACGCAUUCUGGAAGAAACUGCAGCACUUCAAAUGCGACGGAGUUCAAGUUCAAAUUCAGCACGGCGACAAUUUUGUGUUGCUUCAGAAGGAUGAUCAGCAGGUUUACCCGAACGACCCGAACUCCAAAGCAAAAGUUAUCUUUCAGUUAUGCAUCCGAAUAAUCAAUGUGUCGAGGGCCGAUUUGGAAGCGGAUUUCUGGAGAGAAAUCGAGAAUGUUCAGAAGCAACGACUCACUUAUCACGAUGCCCCAUUGCUCAUUUUGGCUCACAAAUUCCAGCCGACUGCGUCAUCGCCCACAGAUAGUAGUACCUCGACUCUGUCGCUUUCAAUGCUUUUCAGUGGUUAGUUUUUGAAAAACAAUUUGAUUCAAAAGUAGCGCAAGUAGUAACUAAAUUGAGCCUAGCCGGUACUAAAUUGGACCUAGCAGGUACUAAAUUGGACCUAGCAGGUACUAAAUUGAGUCUAACAGGUACUAAAUUGAGUCUAAAAGGUACUACAUUGAGUCUAGCAGGUACUAAAUUGAUUAUAGCAGGUACUAAAUUGAGUAUAGCAGGUACUAAAUUAAGUAUAGCAGGUACUAAAUUGAGUAUAGCAGGUACUAAAUUGAGUAUAGCAGGUACUAAAAAGUAGCUCUGGCAGCGCCUAGACUGCGGUGCUGCAAAUGCGAAUUCAGUAGCUGAUCUUUUUUAUUUAAAUUUUAUUUAAUAGUACUUCCUUCAGAUGACACAUCUCUGGCGUUCAAUAUUUGUGCGGCCACCACUUUAGCGUGCCAAUUAGAAACUUCGGGUUGUGUUGACGUGGUACAAGUGCUUUCCGCCUACACAAAAACGCAAUGCGGCAUUUUCACUUCCAAGGUAAGCUCGCGGAACCCAUUUCAUGGACAAAUUACGAAUUUUCCAGCAGGAAAUAGAGAUAAUCUACGAGAAAAUAUCGCAAUUGGUCGGUGGAACGCGUGUUUGA